GCGAGUUGCUCAGUGCUUUAAAUACCAUCGUAGAUAUCCUUUGCUGUAGAGUUAUGAGCUGUUGUCUGUAUUCAAUAUGACUUUGGAUACCUUGAUUGAUAUCCUCUAUAUCGGGGCGGGAAACAUCACCUUUGGCAACGACAACGUUCUCUGGAAUCACUCUCUACGCGUUGAACGACUUCUCGGCCCUCGUCUCAAUGUAGUCGCCAUCAUUGAUCCAAACUAUGAACGAUACAAGCAAGUUUUGGGUCAGAAACUGGCUUCUUCCGCUGCAGCUGCCUACAAAACUACCAAAUACUUUCCUUCACUGCAAUCUCCUGGUGCACUCGACUACCUGACCAGCACAAACAUCGAUCUCUUCAUCCUCGGUACUCCUCCACUAUAUCGCGGUACGACGUAUCCAAACCGAGAUUUAGAGCUUGAAAUCCUAAAACACUUUGGAAACAAGCCCACCAUCUUUCUCGAAAAACCCGUCGCAGUCACUCGUCCUGACCAGCCUCUCGAAGUCGCUCACAGUCUCAACGAUGCAAGGCUCACUAUCGGUGUUGGGUACAUGAUGCGCUACCUGAAAGUCGUUCAAAAAGCAAAGUCGAUCAUCUCGAAAAAUAACCUCACAGUCAGCUGCAUCAUUGCGCGCUAUGCAAAUGCAUACCAGCGAGUCCGCAAAGUGGACUGGUGGACAAAGUCGCAGCAAGGAGGGCCUAUCAUCGAACAAGCUACUCAUUUCUGCGAUCUCGUUCGUUAUUUGGGCGGUGAAGUCAUCAUGGAGUCGGUCAAAUCCCAAGCGUUAGAGCACUGGGAACCCGCUGGAAAACUAUCGCACCAGUGCAUCGACGAGUCAGCCAUCCCAGCAAACGAUCGGAUUCCGCGAGCUACGACAGCGAUGUGGAAGUUCGAGUCAGGAGCGGUUGGUACACUGAUUCACGUUGUUGCCUUGCACGGCAUCCGUUUCUCAAACGAGAUAACUAUCUACGCAGAUGGCUACCAACUCCGACUCCGCGAACUGUACACAACGCCGACCUUAUACGUGCGUUCGCCAGAGUCCGACACUGAGGAGAAAGUCUACACAUACCCCGGCGACGACCCAUUUUUUAACGAGAUGGAGACAUUUAUAUCAGUAGCUGCCAAGCGCGCAAAUAAGCCUCUACCUGACCGAUGUAACUCAACAGAGGCUGACGAACCACCUCCUGCCGAAGAGAUCCUGACAAGCUACGAGGAUGCUUGUAAAACCUUUGCGAUGACCUGGAAGAUCAGAGACGAGAGCGAGAUCAAGGCUGAUUAUGAGCGCAGCUUUUGACGUGGUCAUAUGUACAAUUGGUAGUUGUAAUAUGAGCAGUUAAUAGUAGUAUCU